UGGAGAGAAGAGAGUAGCAACGGAGCAACGCUAGGAGAAGCAGCUCGAGCAGAGGGGGCAGCCGGAGAGGAUCAACGCGAGCAGCAGCCGCGCUCAAUUUCCUUAAGAGACAGAGCGUAGGUAGUCAGUGAGCAAGAAAUCUAUGGCGGGAUCCUCUAGUACAGGCUUUCCAUGGACACCUGCAACGAUCGCUAUAGCACUUAAUGCCUCCUUACAGGUUGUGCGCGAAGGAAACGAUGAUCCGUUAAAGGAGAACAACAUAAUCCAAGCCGUGGUGAAAUUGCAUGCAAGACCCAUAUGUUCUAGGUUAACCGCGCCACUCCAAUGUGUAACCACCGAGGACCUUAGGGCCCUCUUGUAUCACCGGCGUCAAAUGUAUCUGAGGGUCCGCGAACUGGCCGACCAUCCUUCUGUGAUAGGUUUCUCUAGGAGGCAAAGAACGAUAGUAAUGUCGCCAGACCAGUAUGCAUCCCAUAUUCAGGCUUUCCCGGAAGACGAACAGUUGAUCAACAAAGAAAUCUCACACUUCUUGACGAUGUGUAUGCUCUUCGGCGGGGGUGUGAUGCCUGGUUCGCGUAGAAGACGACGACAGUCAGCGAAUCAAAGGGGUACAGAGGCGACCUCUACGAAUCAUCCAGAUAAUGACGAGGACGAAGACGAUGAUGAUUUCAUGCCCCCCAUGCCUAGACGUUCGAACAGAAAUACAGGAGAAAGUUCUAGGAACACUGCAAGAGGACAUUCACGCACAACAUCGAGAUGCCAUACAACUGAUAGGGAAAUAGGACGUGGUACCACCUCGGAGAAACCUCAAGAUGAUGAUGACGACGACGAUUUCAUGCCACAACGACCCCGCCCUCCGAGGCUUCCAUCUCCGGAGGACACCGAUGACCCUGAAAAUGAUGAUGGAUUUGCUCGUACUCAUUUUUACAACUUCCCAGAACCACCUCGGAGACGACAACCAUCUUACCCGGAUAGCUUUGACCAUCGCACCUGGAAUUCUUACGCUAAUUUGCGUCGCCACUUUCCUUCGCCCUAA